AAACGUUAAUUCUAGAAGUAGAUCUAAUAUUUGACAGAAGAAAUUUGCUAUCGUUUACGUGAAACGGUAUUACUCAGCGUAUAGAUUUGUUUAUAUUUCCAAUCGAAAAUUUGCGUUCGAUUGGUUAUCUUUUUGUGUGGAUUUUCUUUUUUCAGUGCGCGCGCGUGUGACUCCGACCAGAAAACGUUAGCCGGUUAGCCCCAACAAAUAGCUAGCAGACAGGUUGAAUUUACAAAAUAAUAUCUGAUGUGUUCCCACACUUAUUACAGUAAGUUUCUUGAACGCUGAGUAUAAUGGGAGGAAUCAAACAGGAGCAGAGUGAUGCAUCGCAGCAGCCCAAAGCUUCACAUACAGCGGACCAACCACAAGAGGAGCCUAAAAAGCGAGGCUGGCCAAAGGGAAAGAAAAGAAAAAAGGUUCUACCGAAUGGACCCAAAGCACCAGUGACAGGGUACGUUCGCUUCCUAAAUGAGCGGCGAGAAAUAAUGAGGGCUCGAUACCCUGAUUUACCUUUUCCAGAAAUCACCAAGAGGCUUGGGGCAGAGUGGACACGAUUAGCCCCAAAUGACAAACAGCGCUAUCUUGAUGAGGCAGAGAAGGACAAGAUGCAGUAUGCUCAGGAACUCAAGGAAUACCAACAGACAGAAGCCUUCCAGAUCACUAGUACCAAGAUCCAUGACAAGAGAAUAAAAAAAGAAGACACUUCAUCAGUCAUUGUAAGUUCAACUUCAGGACCAUCUUUAAUAAAGGUUCCUGAAUUUCCAAGCAGAUUCGACAUCCCAAUUUUCACAGAGGAGUUCCUUGAUCAAAACAAAGCUCGAGAGGCGGAGUUACGACGGCUCCGGAAGGCCAAUGUAGAGUUUGAGGAGCAGAACGCCGUGCUACAGCGUCACAUCAAUGAUAUGAACAAUGCUAAAGAGCGCUUGGAGGCUGAACUGGGACAGGAUGAGAAACGGACGCAGGCUCUUCACCAGCACCUGCAGGCCAUUAAACGCACGCUGGUCAGCAGUCUGUCAGCGGUCCCACUGCCAGGCACUGGUGAAACAGCUUCUCUAGGAAACCUGGACUCAUACCUGAGUCGUCUCAGUGGGGUGCUGGAAGGAGACCCACAAAACCACCGUGCUCUGCUCGGCCAACUCCACAAGGUUCUCUCUCAUUUUGACAGUGAGAAGUUAUGAGGAGACCCCCGCUGGAUCCCCACACCCCCGUGCAUCAGAGACACUUUUCAGGCUUGGCAGUAUCAGUCCAAGUUAGUGCCAUUCCACAUAGGAUGUUGGUAUGGUAAGAUCCGCAGAGGAAAGGGUACAAAUAGCUUGUGUCUUCUUGUCAGAUGUUUAAGAAUAUGUGUAUCUUGUAGAAUGUGCCCUCUGUUGCGCAUUGUUUCAUGUAAAUGUGAAUCUGUGGCAGUGUGGAUGGUUUUUAUUCAAUUCAUGAAUGUCAUAAAUUUUUAUUCUGUUUCUCCUUGAACUGUCGAGCAUAUUUAGAUUGUUUUGUAGUUUUUCUUGAUCAGCUCUCCCUAGAUUCACAACACAGCUGCUUCACGUGGGAGUGAUUGUGUGUCGUCAUUCUUUAUAAUGCAUUGGAAAAAAAGGCUGGUUUGGUGCUGAAAAAUUAAAUGUUGGGAUAAAAAUACUUGACUUUGCAGUCGACAUAGUGAGGUGAUGGUAUAGACGCGCUGUUUCUCUUGUAUGAACAUUAUAAAUUUGGGAUUUAUAUUUGUAUUUUUACAGAUGUUCAUUAAACAUAGAUGAACAGCAUGUUUUCACCAACAAAGGAAUAUGUUUUAAAAUUUUUCUUAAAGGAUUAUGUGUUAUGUACUUAAAAUACAUUAUUGUAAAUUUGAUUAAAAUUGCAUCAGUUUGUGGCACAUCAGCUGCUACACAACUUAUGCUUUUGGUGUUGUUUACAGCAGCAUGAUGCCAUAUUCCCCACUGUAAGGCACAUCGUGUAACGACAGAGGGAGCUGUUAGCAUGUUGUCAUUUUUGAACUCAGGUUCAUCCAAUAAAUAAAUAAUGUUUUUUUCCUGCAAACAUAAA